GCCGCGCGUCCGCGCGAGCGUGUGUCCAUCCAUUCAUCCCUUCCCCGCUCCAGCCUCGGUCUGUCCGUCUGUCCGUCUGUCCGUCCGUCCGUCCGUCCGUCCGUGCCGCCGAGCCAUGAGGAGGCUCUUCCUGCUGCUGUGCAGCGCCGUGUCCUGCUGCAUCGCGGCCGCGGAGGCGGCGCUGCCCGCGGAGGGAGACGGCAGCGCGGAGCGUGUGCCGGCGCAGAAGGCGCGGGUGAAGUUCGGUCUCCGCUCCUCGCCGGACGCCGGUGAGGAUGGCUGCGCGCUCGCCAUCGGCCAGCAGCAGUGCUUGGAGGACUGCAAGUUCAACGUGACAGCUAAAACCUUCUUCAUCAUUCACGGCUGGACGAUGAGUGGCAUGUUCGAAACCUGGCUUGACAGCUUGGUGUCCGCUCUGCAGGAGAGGGAGAAGGAUGCCAACGUGGUUGUGGUGGACUGGCUCUCCCUGGCCCACCAGCUCUACACCGACGCCGUGAACAACACGCAGAUUGUUGGAAAAACCAUAGCGAGGUUUCUGGACUGGUUACAGGAGAACCCCCUCUUCAAGCUGGAGAAUGUCCACCUCAUUGGGUACAGCCUGGGUGCCCACGUGGCUGGCUUUGCUGGUAACCACGUCCAUGGCACUAUAGGCAGAAUUACAGGCUUGGAUCCUGCUGGCCCCAUGUUUGAAGGAGUGGACCCCAGCAGGCGCCUCUCCCCCGAUGAUGCCAACUUUGUGGAUGUCCUUCACACCUACACCAGGGAAACACUGGGUGUUAGCAUUGGGAUCCAGAUGCCUGUGGGCCACCUUGACAUCUACCCCAAUGGGGGAGACUUCCAGCCUGGCUGUGGCCUAAGUGAUGUCUUGGGAGCCAUUGCCUAUGGCACAAUUGGUGAAGUUGUCAAAUGUGAGCACGAGCGGUCUGUGCACCUCUUUGUGGACUCCCUGGUGAACCAGGACAAGCAGAGCUUCGCCUUCCAGUGCACCGACUCCAGUCGCUUCAAGAAGGGCAUCUGCCUGAGCUGCCGCAAGAACCGCUGCAACGGCAUCGGCUACAACGCCCGCCGCAUCCGGCACAAGAGGAACAGCAAGAUGUACCUGAAAACCAGGGCAGACAUGCCCUUCAAAGUCUACCACUACCAGAUGAAAAUGCACGUCUUCAGCUACAAGGAUUUGGGAGAGGUUGAUCCCACCUUCUCUGUCACCCUCCACGGCACCAAUGGAGACUCUGAGCCCCUCUCUUUAGAAAUGCUUGAUCUAAUUGGCUUAAACGCUACCAACACCUUCCUGGUCUAUACUGAGGAGGACAUGGGUGAACUUCUGAAAAUAAAGCUCACCUGGGAGGGGACGUCUCAGUCGUGGUAUGAUCUCUGGAAGGAGCUCAGGAGCUACUGGUACAGGCCUGUGAAUUCCUCCCAGGAGCUCCACAUCAGACGAAUACGUGUGAAAUCUGGGGAAACACAGCAGAGGUUUGCUUUCUGUGUGGAGGACUCCCAGCUCACCAGUAUAUCUCCUGGCAAAGAGCUCUGGUUUGUGAAGUGCACAGAGGAAUGGCAGAAAAGGUCUGUGUCAAAUCUGCUCUGAAGGCUUCCCUAAAAACUCACAACCAAGCAACCUAGAUGCAUGAAGACCACGCAGGUGGCAAGAUGCUCUGGGAGAAACCUGGCUUGGCAGCACUUAAAGAAACUAGCUCUUCAGGACAAAACAUCUUGGAUUGGAUGCAAGAAACUGAGGAGCAAUUGAUGAACCAUGGUCCUAGACCUAAAAUAACUACAACUCCAUUUUUCCCUUUCCUGAGGAGCCUGGUUUGUGCAUUUAACCUUACCUUGACCUGUUACACACUGCAUUUUCCCUUCCCUGCUCCCAUUAACCAGGACUAUGGAUGAGAUCUUCACAGACUGAGACCUCAGCAAUGAUCUUCUGGUCUGCCUGCCAGUGGAGUUGAGAAGACAAAUAACCAUGCUAACUGCCCAUCAGACUGUGGGUGACAGAGCUGCCAAGAACAAAUUAGCACCUAGGGUAGGGUUACCAUGGUCCUGUAGCACUGUGGGCUCUGGGAAGGUGAGACCAGCACAGGUCAGGUGUGUGGGGCUGUCCAGGGAAGGGCUGGGGAUAAGCACAAUGCCACUUAACUUCAAAUUGUCCUUUGCUUGCCUUAAAAAUACGUUCUGAUACUGAAAUGUCUACUUUCCUGACCUAUGGCCUGACAAGGCGGCAGAGCUCUGUCCUCCCUGUCCCUGGGGCAGGACGUGGUGCAGGUGGUGGUGGUGGCAGCUGCUCCUCAGUGCCUGGUCAGUGUCUGCAGUGGGGCUGCCCAGUCCCACGUGGGGAUUCCUUUUUAAGGGGCAAAGAGAAGCUGCCCUUGUUCUGACCACAGGGAUGGAGGAAGGCAAUGCACCGUGCUGCCUCGGGAGAGCCUUGCACCACUCCAUUUAACCUCUGAGAACGUGCUCACCUCUGCUCAGAAGCUGUUGUAGCACCAAUGCAUAGUUAAGACCUUAUUUUUGAGUGCCAAACAUCCUGCCCUCAAUUGUCACAACACCCCAGUUGGAUUCCCUGGUCCCAGGUGAUCUUGGCUUGGCUUUGGGUUGGACAGACUCUGCAGCUGUUCUGUUUGCUACAGCAGAGUGGACCUUGUCAGUUGGUGAAAUAGGUUUUGUUUUGGUUGCUUGCUUUUGGCUUUUAUUUCUUAUUCCUUUUUUUUUUUUUGUGCUUUCUGGAAGGAAAAUUGGUAUACAAACCCUUGAGCUUUUGGCAUGCAGAAAGGCAAUCUCAAUAAUGGUGUUGCCAGGUGGUGCACUGAGUUCUGAAGUCUUAGCAAGUCUUUCUGAGGCCUGCAAAUCUCUUCAGUUUUUGUAGAGCUUCACUCCAACCAAAGCAAGCACAUUUGGGGAUAUUUUUUUUCAUGGUUUUAUGCAAAGACUUCGAAAACAGAAGCCUUUGGUUCUGUGAGUUAUUGCCAUGCCAUACUUAGAGAAGUUUCAAAGCCCUAUUUGUAUAUUGUGGUUUUUGUAUGACUUAAAACAUAAUUUAUUUCUCAUAUUGUAUAUAUGUAGAAUUUAAAACAUUUUGGUUUUGAAUAACAGUUUUUAUGAGCCUUGAGAUCAAAAAUAAAGGGCUUUGUAAAAAUCA